GCCACACCCCCUACAGGCCUACACUGCACCGCGCAGCUACCAGCCAGAGCAACUGAGCAACUCCUGCCUCUCACACCCUUUAGCUAGCCAUGCUCGUGCCGCGCGCGAUGGCGGCGCCGUUUCUGCUCGUUCUUCUGCUCGUCGUCUCUGCGGGCGCUGCAGCCGGCGGCGACGACGUGGCUGGGCUGCCCCGGCUCGAGUUCCGAGGCAUCGACGACUCGGGCCGUGGGCACGCGUCCGUCGCGCCUGAGGAGGAGGUGUUCAUGUACGCCAUGGCCGAUGCUACCACCACGGACGACGACGAGGCGGGCGGAGCGCCGCGGCUCGAGUUCCGGGGCAUCGACGACCCGGGCCAUGUGCACGCGUCCGACGCGCCGAAGGAGCAGGCGCUCAUGGACGUCAUGUCCGCCAACGGAUGCGCGAGGUUCGCGGGCCUCCUCGCCGCGACGGCGAACGCGGGCGAGACCUUCCAGCAGCGCCUCCUCGCCGGACGCGGCCGCGGGCUAACUGUCUUCUGCCCCGACGACGUCGCGGUGGCGGCGUUCCAGGCCAAGUUCGACAACCUGAGCGCCGACGACCAGCUCGCCGUCCUGCUUCACCACGGCGCGGGGGCGCGCUACGGGAGGGAUCAGUUCCAGGCGUUCGACUGGGUGUCGGUGAGCUCGCUGUCCGCCGACGCGGCCACCAACAAUAGCCACGCCAUCACCAUCCGCGACGAUGGGGACACGGUCCGGCUGUGGCCGUCGUGCGGGAGCGGCGCUGGGGUCAGGGUGACCAAGACGGUGUCCGAAGAAGCCCCCCUCGCCGUGUACGUCGUCGACGCCGUGCUCCUGCCGAGCCACCUGCGACAGAAGGUGGAUGGCGGCGACGAGCCGGCUGCUGCGUGCAAGACGUGCGGCGGCUAUCUCGGCUGGCUGCACUGCUGCAUCCCGGCCUGGGUAACGAUCCUCGUGGCCGUGGGGAGCAUGGUGGGCACCAUGGUCGGCUUUCUCAUUCCCCAGGACUGCUGCCGCAGGAUUCACUGAACUGCACAACAAGAAGAAGACAGCCGCUAUGUUAGAGGUUAAUUUAUUUGGUUAAGUUUAACUGCACUAGCUAGUAGUGAAUAAUCCUCUACAUCUGGUUAAGUUUAUCUGGUUGUGCGUGUGCGCAUAUGUUGCUGCAGCAUGUCGCUUGUCGGUCCAUGUCACUGUCCUUCGAGUGAGUUCGUGGUCUGCUGCUUGGCUCCUGUGCCACAGCUUAAUUUACAUACAUCACUGGUAUAUAUUUUUCCUUGCUGCAAAA